AUGGCUAGCAGAAAAAGGAUUGCGUCACCGAUCACAGCGUCCAGUUCCAGUGCGUCAAGUUCAGAUUCGGAAGGUCCAAAAGCGACAUCCGGUAGCGCAAAAAAAGCGGAACGUAACGGCGAUAAUAGCGUAACCGGCUCUGCUUCUCCAGAAAAAGACCCGAGUAUCAGCAACUUGCUGAAGCUGCUCCAAGCAGGACACCAGUUUGUGAUACGCAAUGUGCUUUAUAACAGGGACUACGGCUAUAUUGAUGCUACGUUUCGCUUCAUACAACGGCAUACAUCUAUUACGAGAGAACAGGUCCAAUGCUUAUCAGCUCAUAAACGUGGAAUGCGUAAGCGGCGUAAGCAUUGGCUCAUUUACUGGACUGUGUUCUCGUUUUUCACACUGCAGGAUUAUUAUACAGAAUGCCUCACCAGGCUUUUUCCGCCACUUCUCUUACUAAAGGCACAAGGUUCGUUUUUCCCGAAUUUCUAG